AUGACUGCCACUGCAGAGCGAAGGUUCAUUAAUCUCAGGAAACGUCUAAAUCAGCUGGGCUAUCGGCAGCCGUUGGGAGUGGAGAGUUUACCUUUGGUGGAAAAGCUUUUUAGUGACCUAGUUCAUACAACUGAGAGCUUGCGCAGUGCAAAGUUAUCUGCUGGAAAAACUGAAAAAGAAUGCAGCAAUUAUGAUGCUAUUUUGGAACCUUAUAAAACAGAGAAUACGCGGCUUACCAGGGAAAAUAAUGAAUUACAUUUAGAAGUAUUAAAACUGAAAGAGCAAUCUGAUCGUCAUGUUAAAGAUUUGAAAGUCUCCUUAAGGAGGGUUGAACAUGAAACGUCUGACUUGAAAUUUCUGAAUAACCAAUAUGUACAUAAAAUCAAAAUGCUGGAAAAAGAGAACAAAGCCAAGACUGAAAAAAUUCAGCAGCUUCAGGAGAAGAAUCUGCAAGCAGUGGUGCAAACACCUGGUGGCAGAAAAAGAAGCAUUCCCUUCAGGCGUCAACGCAUGCAGAUAGACCAGCCUGUCCCCCCAUCGGGUGUUAGUACCUAUCCAGUUCCUCAGCCAGAGGAUCCUUACAUCGCAGACCUUCUUCAGGUGGCUGAUAAUCGAAUUCAUGAACUUCAGUCGGAAGUAACAGAGCUACAGGAAAAACUGGAGAUAUCUGAACGUGGAAUGAAAAAUUAUAGCAAACAGGUUGAGCUAAGAGACAAAGAAAUAGAGCGCCUGGUGCUAGCAUUGGAUGGGGGGCGUUCUCAUGAGGUUCUCUCUCUGGAAUCGAGAAGUAAAAGUAAUGAGAAGCUUAUUGCCCAUUUGAAUUUGCAGGUUGAAUAUCUUCAGCAAACAAACAAAGAACUUGAAAAUCGCAUUCAAGACCUCUUGGACACGAAACAAAAUGUGGCAAGUGAGGUAGUGCAUUUGAGCAAUAAAAAUGAAGAACUGUGUCAAGAACUGAAUGAAAUAGACCACUUGGCACAACAGUUGGAAAGACACAAGGAAAUUGUGAUUGAGACUGCAGAUAAGGAAAUAGGAGAAGCAAAGAAAGAAAUUGAAAGAAAACACAGUGAAAUACAGGAUCUUGAAGAAACAAUAACAAGGCUUAAAUCAGAGUUGUGCUCAUGUCAUAGGGAGAACAAGAAACUAAGUGAAGAACUCUUUGGAAAAGCAGAUGAUAAAGAGAAUCUUGAACUGUUGUUAAACCAGCUUGAACAAGAGAAACAAAGGCUGACAGAAAAAACAGAGAACUUAGAAAUAAAAGAACGAGAACUUGUCCUAGAAAUAGAAAGAAUGAGAUUAGAAUAUGGUAUAGCCCUAGGAGACAAAUCCCCAUCUCGUCUAGAUGCCUUUGUAAAGACUUUAGAAGAUGACAGAGAUUAUUAUAAGCGAGAAUUAGAAUAUCUUCAGAAAAUGAUAAAGCGAAGGCCUAGCCCAAGCCAUAGGACUCCAGAGAAGGUAAAAUCCCUGCUGCCAAGCCAAGCUGAAAAAAAUGAAGAUCUUAGGUUGAUCACCAGAGAAAGAGAUGAGCUACAGUCCAUGUUAGACAGAUUUGAAAAACACAUGAUAGGAAUUCAAUCCAAUGUCAAGAUAUUGACUGCAGAAAGAGAUAGAUUAAAUGUUCUUUAUAAGCAGUCUCAGGCUGAAUUGAACAGGAUGAGAAGAGAAGCAAAACAUAGUUUAGUUUCUCAAAGUCAUGUGGAAGAAGAAAGAGACAUUGCGCUGACUGACUUUAGAAGACUAAUGGCAGAGAAAGAAAGCCUCAGAGAAAAAUUAAAGAUUCAGCAAGAAGCAGCUAACCUUGAAAAAUCAAAGAUGCAGCAUGAUAUUUCAGAACUUGAGAAUAAUAUUCAAGGAUUUGAGAUGGAAAGGUGUGAACUAAAGACUACAAUCUCUGUCAUGAAAGAAAGAAUAAACUCUUUGGAAAAUGAAUUAAAAUUGAAGUCCAGUAAGCUUGCCCAGACAUCUGAUGAUUCUUCUCAAUUUAAAGAUGAGAUUUGCUCACUUCAGCUCUUAAAUGACCAGCUCCAGAGGUCUGUUGAAGAUUUACAGCACCGAUUGUCCCUCAAAAAGGAUGAACUGCAGUCAGCUCAAGAAGAAAUUGUAAAGCUAGAGGAUAAAAUAGAUAGGUUAAACCAGAGGAGCACUUCACAGGAUGAAGCAGUCAAUGUGCUUAGAAGUACUAUUACUGUUUUAGACAAAGAAAAAGACAAUCUUCAAGAAACUGUAGAUGAAAAAACAGAAAGAAUUGCUUGCUUAGAUGACAACUUAGCUAACAAGGAAAAAACAAUUACUCAUUUACGUCUAACUCUAUCUGAGCUGGAGUCUUCAAGAGACCAGUUGAAGGACAUGCUGAGCAACAGAGACCAUGAGAUAUCUAGCUUACGUCGCCAGCUUGAUACAUCCCACGUAGAGCUUGCAGAAACAGGAAGAGUAAAGGAAAUGGCUCUGAAAGAAAACAGACGACUGCAAGAUGACCUAGCUACAAUGGCCAGAGAAAACCAGGCUAUCAGUACUGAGCUUGAAGAUGCAAUACGUGAAAAAGAAGAAAUGAAAACCAGAGUUCAUAAUUAUAUAACUGAAGUUUCCAGAUUUGAGACCUUGAUGGCUUCAAAGGAAAGAGAAAACCAAGAAUUGUUAGAGGAGUUCCGAACACUCCAUACACAAGCUGAAGACUGGGAAAUGAAGGCUCAUCAAGCUGAAGGAGAAAGCAGCUCAAUACGACUUGAACUCCUUUCUGUAGAUACAGAUCGGAGACAUCUUCGAGAGAGAGUAGAACUUCUGGAAAAAGAGAUUGAAGGGCAUAUCGUUGCACAUCAAGCAUAUGAAUCUCAGAUCUCCUCCAUUACAAAAAAUAUGUCCAAGUUGGAAGAGGAUGUUAAGCGUGAAAAUCAGGAUAAGUCUUCUCUGUUGGCAGACCUGGCCUCUGUGAGGGAACUCUGUGUGAAACUUGAGUCCAACAAAGAACUUUUAUCUCGACAACUGACAUCCAAAAGCAUGGAUUAUGAAAGGGUUCUAGGUGAAUUAGACGAUAUAAAAUCAGAAGCAGAGUUGCUGAAAAAGCAGUUAUCCAGCGAGAGACUUACAGUUCAGAAUCUUGAAACGUUGCUGGCUACCAGUAGAGACAAAGAAUUUCAGAACCAUUUAACAUCCCAUGAGAAAGAUUCCGAAAUUCAGUUAUUGAAAGAUAAGCUAACACUCGCUGAGAGCAAACUAAGCAGCUGUAAUAGAGAGGUUCCCAUACUUCGAAGUAAAGUUGCACAGCUGCAGACUGACUGUGAUAUUUUAAAAAGGCAACUGACAACUGAACGAUUUGAACGAGAGCGUGCGAUUCAGGAAAUGCGCCGACAUGGUCUCUCCACGUCGUCAUUACGUGCUUCACCUCCUCUCAGUUCAACGUUAAGGUCUCCCUCACAUUCUCCAGAACGUACCAUUGUCAGGACAACUGAUCAAGCAGCAGCUGAAAAAAAUGUGAGCUUCAAAGAAUAA